CGCUCUCCUGGAGGCCCGCGUGCUGCGCCCUCCAGCGGCCGCCGCUCGCACUGCACGCGCGCACGUCGCCCUCCAUUGUCCCUCACUGCGUCUAUGCGGCCGGAGCCCUUGCGAGGAUGUGGUCCUUUUUCGCACGGGAUCCCGUCAAAGACUUCAACUAUGAAAUUUUACCAGACAGCCAGGAGCCGUCCGGAAUAUGGAGCCUCCACCGAGGAAAGCGGAAGACCACCGGUGAGCCCGUGUCAGUGUUUGUGUACGAGGUAUCUCCUGGAUCGGAGGAGAAGACCCAGCUGGCCAAGGCAGCAUUGAAACGCUUGAAGACCCUCAGACACCCCAACAUCCUGGCUUAUGUAGAUGGACUAGAGACAGAAAAGUGCCUGUACGUGGUCACAGAACCCAUAACCCCACUAACUGCCCACCUGAAGGCUCAGGCAGAGAGGGGUGGCUCUGGAGAACUUGAGGUGUCCUGGGGCCUCCACCAGAUUGUGAAAGCACUCAGCUUCCUGGUGAAUGACUGCCAUUUGCUUCACAACAACCUGGGGGUAUGGGCGGUGUUUGUGGACCGGGCUGGUGAAUGGAAACUGGGGGGUUUGGACCAUGUGACUCCUGAGCAGGGAGACCCUUCGCUGCCCCCCAGGCGGUCAAACCCUGACAUGGAAAAGUAUGAUCCCCCUGAGGGGCUCAAUGGAAGUGGAAAGGCAGCUGGAGAGAAAUGGUCGGGAGAUGUCUGGCGGCUGGGCUGCCUCAUCUGGGAGGUGUUCAACGGGCCUCUGCCUCGUGCGUCCUCCCUCCGCUCUCUCGGAAAGAUACCAAAGCAGCUGGUCCCGCACUACUGUGAACUGGUGGGGGCGAACCCCAAGGCCCGGCCCAACCCGGCGCGGUUUCUGCAGAACUGUCGUGCCCCUGGAGGGUUCCUAAGCAACAGCUUUGUAGAGAGCAACCUUUUCCUUGAGGAAAUCCAGAUUAAAGAACCAGCAGAAAAGCAGCAGUUCUUCCAGGACCUGAGUGAGAAUCUGGACUCUUUCCCUGAGGACUUUUGCCGUCAUAAGGUCCUACCUCAGCUGCUCACGGCCUUUGAGUUUGGCAGUGCCGGUGCUGUCGUCCUCACCCCACUUUUCAAGGUGGGAAAGUAUCUGAGCCCUGAAGAAUAUCAACAGAAGAUCAUCCCUGUCAUUGUAAAGAUGUUCUCCUCCACAGACCGUGCUAUGCGGAUACGGUUGCUACAGCAGAUGGAGAACUUCAUUCAGUAUCUGAAUGAGGCUGCUGUGAAUUCCCAAAUUUUCCCCCAUGUGGUUCAUGGCUUCACUGACACCAACCCUGCCAUUCGGGAGCAGACCGUGAAGUCCAUGCUGCUCUUGGCGCCAAAGCUGAACGAAACGAACCUGAACCAGGAGUUGAUGCGCCACUUUGCCCGUCUGCAGGCGCGGGACGACCAAGGUCCCAUUCGCUGCAACACAACUGUUUGUCUGGGCAAGAUUGCCCCGUAUCUGAAUGCUGGGACCCGGCAGAGGGUGCUGAUCUCUGCUUUUUCCCGUGCCACCAAAGACCCCUUCCCUGCAUCACGUGCAGCGGGGGUCCUGGGCUUUGCUGCCACACACAACUACUACAGUGCAGCAGAGAGUGCAGCCCGUGUUUUGCCUACACUUUGUGCCCUUACCAUUGACCCUGACAAAAGUGUACGGGACCAGGCAUUUAAAGCUAUCCGGAGUUUUCUCACCAAGCUGGAGACAUUAUCGGAAGACCCCUCUAAGCUGGCUGAAAUAGAGAAAGAUGUGAUGUCGUCCGGGCAAGGCCAGGGGGCAGCUGCCUCAGCAGCUAGCUGGGCAGGAUGGGCUGUCACUGGUGUCUCCUCCCUGACCUCCAAGCUCAUUCGCACCACUCCUGGUGGUGUGGAGGGUGGCAUUACAGAAGGUUCACCAGCUGCCUCUGCCAGCUCAGACAGCCCCAUAACAGAGAGCAGGGUCAAAGGAGGAUCUGACCCAAAGAAAGACGUGUCAACCCCUCAGCCAACCGCCUCUGUCCCUGCCAGCCAGUGGAAUGACACCAAGGAAGAGGAAGAGGAAGAUGAAGAGAAGGAGCCUGCUGAAGACCGCUGGGAUGAUGAGGAUUGGGGUAGUUUGGAGGAACCAGAGCAUUCGAAGGCACAGACAGAGCCUGAUGACUGGAACUCCUCAGACUGGUCAGCUGUUUCAUCCAACCGAAAGAAAGCCAAUGAUAAGCGUGCAUGUGGAACUACUUCAGAAGUUAUCAAAAAGCAGAGUUCUGAUUGGAGCAGCUCUGGCUGGGAUGCUGAUGACAGUUGGUCUAAUGAGAAGGAUGCUGAUGGACAGGGUCAGAGCUCACCUGGGGACGAGAGCUGGGGCAAUGACUGGGAUGAGGAAGCCGAUGCUAGCGAUCGCUUUGUUUCAAGUCGGAAGUUGUCAGCGCCUGCCAGAAAAAGUGGUGUAUCCACAGCCUCUGUGACCCCCACCGAGGGCACACGGCUCACCAGCGAGUAUAACUGGGACAGCACAGGUGCCAGAGCAUCGCACAAUGACUUCUUCUCCAGCAUGUCACAGAGAGCUACCUCUACGGCCACAAGGAAUGAAGAGGGAUGGGGUGCUGAUCCAGCAGGUGACUGGGGUACAGAGGAGAACUGGGAGUCUCUGGAUGGUGAACAGGGGCUCAGUAAGGCUGAGCUGGCGAAGAAAAAGCGUGAGGAGCGCAGAAAGGAACUGGAAGCCAAGCGAGCAGAGCGUAAGGCAGCCAAGGGUCCUCUCAAACUGGGUGCCCGCAAACUGGACUGAUGAGGAAAGGUUGAAGGUGUGAGUGUGGGGUCUAGGUACUGCCCAGCCCCAGGAAGACUGCAAAAUCAAGGGCCAACAGUCUGCUGCUAAGAAUGGCAUAGCUGAAUGGGUGGGGAGCAUGGGGGUGUUUUGGGCCAGCAGUCUUUCCAUUAUGAGAUAGACUGAGGGGGGAAUGGUAGAAGUCUGUAUUCCAAUGUUUCCAAUCAAUAGAAAUGACAACUUUCAUGUGGCCAGAUGCAGAAUUGUGCAUUAUUUUUCUUUAUCGAUUUGUUUUUAUACAUAUAUGAUAUGGUUGUAAAGUGUAUAUAUACAUAUGGCUGUCUCAGAAUGACAAUGAGGACCAAAAUAAUUAAAAAGAAAAAAAAAAAAACCUGGAUAUGUAUGUGAAUACUUAGUGUAUAUUUCAGAGUAUAUAUACUUCCAAAGAUCUGUAUGUUUGACCAGAGCAACCUGAACAUCUUCAACUAAUCACAGGUACUGCCAAUCAAACCAUUGAUGUCAUUUAGCACACAAGAAGUAUUAUGAAUAUUGUACUUUCUGCCCUACUGAGGAAGUGCUUCUGGUACUCUGAGGAUCACUUGACCCUAAUCUGACCUAGACAACCUUUAGAGUGACACAUGUUAAAAUGUACAGUCCUAGAGAAUUACAUUAUUUCACCAGAUCAGAUUGGCAUGUAUGUUGUGAAGGUUUUAGCAGCAUAACUAUUAGUAUGGUGGAUGGGUGAGUAACAUUUUCAAACUAUUGAGAGGUACAGAGUAAUCUGUAGUUUCCAGCAGACAAGGAAAACUGAUUCUGGGGUGUUAAAGUGACCUUAUUGUUGGGUGAGUCACAGAACUGGAUCUGCAGGAGUGGGCUGUGAUGUUGUGACAUUGCACCUUGCUACCGAACCCCAUACUGUCAGAUUGGGCCAGGACUGUCACACAGACAUUUAUGCAUGUUUUUUUUAAUGAAGGGUGUAAGCUGUGAAGUGAGGAUCAUAUCAGGGAGUGGGAAUGUAAUCAAUACCCUGUACUACAGUUUAAAGAAAAUCCUAUGUAUAUUUGUACAUAUGAAAUAAAAGUAGGGGUCCUUGUCUGACUUUCGUGGAAAUGCAGUGCUGUGUCAGUCUUCCACGCUAAAGCACUGUGUAACAUCACUCUGAUGGUGUAAUGGUGCUGAAGCUGCAGGAAAAUUGCUGUGAAAUGUUUCUGUGUGCGUCCUACAUCAGGUAAACAUCUGUCUGAACCAGCUGCUGCCUUCACAAAGGCUGACUUACAUCAGUGCUGGUCAACAUUUGUAAUUAUGAAACCAUUUUAAAUCUUACCAAAGAGGUAAAAGGACACAGGUGCUGUGUGGAAUAUGUAUUGAGUUUUUAAAGGAUUAAUGCAACCUAUGAGUACUUUUCAAGUGCAUGUAAUGGAUGUUUAAGAUGAGUUUAAUGGGGCUGAGAGGAAGUGAACAAAAGGACCAGACCAGACAUAAGGUAUGGACUUUAUUAUAGACAUAACAGUAACAGAUACUAGGUAGAAAGGAUAGCACAGCUAGUAAAUAGACUGUAGUGUUCUACAAAAACCUGACAUGCUGAGGAGACUAGACCAAAAGAACUUCAAAGAAUUGUGAUCUACUCAAAUAAAUACUUUGACAGGCCUCACUCCUUUUGCAUGUUCCCAAAUUUGUACUGGCUAAAGUGCUGUUAAAUGUAGAAGUGUUAACUCUUUCAUUUGCAUUCCCCCCCCCCCCCCCCAGGUACUAUUUAAAAAUUCCAGAGUAGAU